UACCUUAUUUGUACACCUAUAUGUCCCAACCUUCCAUUAAUUCUCUAAGGUCCUUGACAAAUAAACAGUCACUGUUUCAAAGAUUUUCCAAGCAAUCUUUUCCCCUUCCACACUUUGCUCGAUGAGUGAUCACUGAGAACAAAAAGGAAGAUCGAAGAUGUUCAAAACUGCACGAUGGAGGAACGAGAAGAACAAGAUCAAGGUUGUUUUCAAAUUGCAAUUCCAAGCGACGAAGGUACCACUGUUGGGAUCAGAGACGGUGAUGGUGAGUUUGGUUCAGCUGGACACUGGAAAACCAACGGCGAGGACAGAAAAGGCUGCUGUGGUUAAUGGAACCUGCAACUGGUCGAACCCAAUUUAUGAAACAGUGAAAUUAGUGCGCGAUGCAAAGAGUGGAAAGAUGAACGAGAAGUGGUACCAGUUUCUAGUUUCUAAGACUCAGGGACCAAAUGAGCUCGGUGUUCUGGGAGAAGGCACGGUGAACCUAACAGAUUAUGGCGAGGUGUUCAAAGCCUCUUCUAUCUCUCUCCAUCUCAAAGCUGGAACGAUCUUGCAUGUGACUAUACAAAGAAUUCAAGGUGAAUUGGCAGACAGAGAAGUGGAUAUAAAGCGAGAUGGAAUGCUUGGACAAGGACAAACACUGCAAGGCCAGUUGGGCAAAUACGACUGUGAAAAGGGGCUGAAAGCUCUUGUAAAGAACGACAUGAACAUGCUGAAAGAUGGAUCACAUAUCAGCAGAGAGCCCAGAGUCAAAUUUACAGCAAACAGAAACCUGACAAAUUAUUCAGAUUCUAACGAACACCAUAAAUCUAAUAGUCCUGAUGUUACAUCAGAAGCCAGCUCUGAUGGCAGAUCAGAAUUAUAUACACCAGGAGAGGGCAUGCUCAAGAACACCGGCAGCAAUCGGCAUGAUACCGCCAGCUUCUCAUCGCCUACUACAGAUGUUAGCAUUCAGAAAAGAUCAGUGACCAGCUCUGAAUGGUCUGGAGGUGAGGGAAGCACAGAUGGUUCUGCAAAGUCUGAAUCAAGAGAAUGCCUUCCUUUCUCUCAUAUCAAACUUGAGAAGCUGAGUGAAGUUGUUUCCCUAACAAGAAAGGUGGAAGUAUCCGAGAAAGAGUUGGAGAAGCUGAAGAAGCAAAUCGUCAAGGAUGCCAAGCAAGGAGAAGAGCUUUUGAGAGAGAUAAGUAGUCUGAGAAAGGAAAGAGAUGGUUUGCGCAGAGAAUGCCAAGUGCUUUCACAGGAGAGAUUAAGCUUUAAUGACAAUGUUUCAGCUGAAUCACACAUUGCUAGGAAAGGUCCUUCGUCUGUGCUAGAAGAGGUCAAACAAGAAUUAGAUCAUGAGAGAAAUCUGAACUCGAGUCUUCGCUUGCAGCUACAUAAAACACAGGAAGCCAAUUCUGAGCUGCUGCUUGCUGUUAGAGACCUUGACGAGCUGUUGGAGGAAAAAAACAGGGAGAUGUGCCCAAAAUGCACAGGAUUUCAGAACUCGGAUGCUAAACAAGAUGGCAUAGAAAAUGGCACGUUAGAAAAGAAGAUCAUUGACCUCAACAAUGAAGUGGUGUUGUACAGCGACGAUCGCGAAGAGUUAUUGUUGCAAAUGGAACAGCUAGCUUUGGACUAUGAGAUUUUGAAACAGGAGAACCAUGACAUGUCCUUGAAGCUGGAUCAGAUGCAACUGCGAGAAAAACUCAGCAUUCAGUACGAGUGUUCAGCACAUAUUGCACUUAUCAAUGACCUUGAGUGUCAAGUUGAAUGGCUAGAGAAACAGCUGCAAUCGCAGGCUGAUUCAUUUAAAACAGAUAUUGACAACGUUAUACAUGCUAAAGUUGAACAAGAGAAAAAGGUCCUUCAAGCAGAGGAAGCACUGAAGGAAACAAAGUGGAAGAAUGUUAACACGGCUGAUUGGCUUCAUGAGGAACUUAGGAGGCUUUCUUCACAAGCCUCAUCGACAUUUUAUGUGAGCGAGAAAGUGGUCGAGAGAGUGAUAGAUGAAGCUAAUGAGUUGCAUUCUCAAAACAUUUACCUGCAAAAUCUGCUUCAGGAAACCAAGCAUAACCUGACAUCAGUGCAUGGCCAAUAUCAGAUGAAUCUUCAGCACUUAUUAAGGGUUCUGGUUUACAAAUCCAAAGAAACAGAUAAGCUGCUUUUGAAUCUCAAAGGCAAGAAUGAAGAGCUUGAAAGUUGUAGGAAUUCUGAAGAAAGGCUAAAGGUCACAUUGGAGAAAAUGGAAGAACUAAAAUCUGAGAUUGAGAAGCUCAAAAUGGAGAAACAUUUAGUCUCUGAAGAAAGAGAGAACUUGGUAAACAGGGUGGAAAUUUUGGAGGCAAAGAACAAAGCAAAUGAGCUGAUGCUUCAAGAUAGAUAUUCAGAAAGUGAACUCCUCAAGGAAGAGAUAGUGCUACUGAAGCAAGUAUUAGAAAAAUCAGAGGACGAGAGGAAUGAACUCAAGAAUUUAACAGACAAAAAAGAGAAUAUUGUUAUUAUACUGACUUCUGAGGUAGAGGCCCUUAGACUAAAGUAUGAUCACUUGAAACAAAUGGUAUCUGAAGGUGAAUUAGAAAAACAAGAGUUGAGGAGUCUGGUUUCUGAACUUGGGGAGACAUACAAUACUAAAGAAGAUGAUCAUUUUGAGAGCUACAAGUGUGAGUUUGAAAGUGAUGCCAGCCCUCUGCAACAAUCUCAAGAAUUAGCAAGGUAUUGUCGAACAAAUUUAAGAGAACAAGAUUUGGUUUCCUAUACUUGUGAUCAGCAUACAAAAGACAUGCUAAAUGAGAUAUCAGUCCUAAAAAGGCAGAAUAAAUCAACCGAAGACGAGUUGAAAGAAAUGCAAGAAAGAUAUUCGGAGAUUAGCUGGAAGUUUGCAGAAGUAGAAGGUGAAAGGCAACAACUACUUAUCACAAUCCGCAGUCUCAAAAAUGCUUUGAAGAAGUAAGUGCAUCUGAAAUGGUGUUCAGAUGAGUCUAUUGCAAAGAUAUGAAAUUGCAAAUCCACGGCUUGCGAAGCGGUAUAGGCUUGUUCGGUCAUAAAUAGUAGAUCCAUGUACAUGGUGUAUGUGCAUCUAUACAGCAUUUUUUUUUAUUUUUUUGUGCAGCAAUUGGAAAAUUGUUUACGAGGUGGAAGUCUGAAAUUGUGUGUUCUUACCCAAAAGUUUGCAAGAACACAGGCUUGGCUCCACUCUCAGAAUUCUUCUAUCCUUUGCUUUACUCUACAAGGAGAUCACUUAUUUUGGGUUGGCUA